AUGCAAGGUAAAAGAACCGACAACUGUAAGGUAAGAAUUGAAGUUUGUUUCCUGGCGAAAAAUAGUGCAUAGAACUCGUGAAACCCGUGAGUAUAACCUCUGUUAGACCUAAGGUUAUGCGAUAACUCCUCGCUUUUUCGAUGGAUAACACGGAUGCAAACAAAAGUUUCUUUCGCAAAAUUAAGUAUAAUUUCGUUAUCGAGACCAUUUGAGGACGAUUUUUUGUUAUAUGCUUCAUUACUUGGCUUAUUCCAGCUACGUGCGAGGAGUUGGGUGACAAUGUUUGUGUGCUAUGUAAAUAUGUUGAUAAUUUCUUGCACAGCUUUGCACCUUUGUAUUGAAACUCAUGAAAGCCAAACUUGUUUAACCCUAGCAAAACACUCUUCUAUAUGGAGAACUUUUUAACGUCUUUUGGGGCAAAAUAUGUUGUAACAUUUAGGGAAAACAAAGCUCGAUUUUUGGCGAAACGGACUGUAGCUUUUUUCUUUGAAGAGAGGGCGAGCCAAACGCGAGCUUUAGGCCCCGUGAGUACAGUGUAACCCGGUGAUUCUUUAGGUAGAGCUAACAAACAUAGGCUGCACUUUAGGUGGCGCACCCAUGAGUGUAGUGUAACCCAGUUCUUCUUUAGGUAGAGCUAACAAACAUAGGCUGCACUUAAGGUGGCGCACUCACGAGUGCAGUGUAACCCAGUGAUUCUUUAGGUAGAGCUAACAAACUUAGGUUGCACUUUAGGUGGCGCACCCAUGAGUGUAGUGUAACCCAGUGUUCUUAAGGUAGAGCUUACAAACAUAGACUGUCCUAGGUGUACCAUCAGAUAGCAAUGCGUUUUCCAUAAAACAUUGUGAUGGUACAUUAUGCAUGGCUCUUCUUCGACGACUUCUUUAUCGCUAGAUACAUUGUUUUAACACACACUAUUGAUAUCAGAUCUGAUUGACGCCUGGAGAGUUUUAAAUCCUGACUCUUCCAGAUUUACAUGGAGACAGAAGAAGCCUGAAAUCCAAUGUAAACUUGAUUUCUUUCUAAUUGAUCAAAGCCCUUUCUGUAAUAGCGGGGCUCCCUCGCGCGCGAAGCGCGCGUGGGACAGAGCUCCAUACUCAUAGAACAUGGUCAACCUCUUUUCAUUUGGUUGUCACGUGACUGACCGAGCGUACGUACGUACGCGUCUACAGAUUGUACGGGUAGGGUAGGGGAGACUAUCAAAAGGAAGGGAGGGGUGUCUCAGGUGUGUCUUGGCAAACCCAUAUCUUUUAUAUUGGCCAUUCACAAUAUGGUCAAUUGAAAGCUGUCAAACAGGAUAGCCACUGACCAGUCUCACAUUGCCAUAUCGGGGGCUCAUGUGUCAACUCAUCAAGGUGACGUGAUUUAUUUGGAAGCUGUCCGCUGAGCAGUUGUUUUACUAGCUCGCAAUCAAUGUUCAAUCUCAUACUUUCGAGGUAGCUAAUUUGAGAGCACAGGAAAACUGAUAAUGCACACGUCCAUUGGACAUCAAUGUUGUGAUCAAUUGACAGCUGUCAAAACAGGGUAUCCGCUGACCAGUAUCACUUGACCGUAUCGCGGGCUCAGGUGUUGACCCAUCGAGGUCGAGUAUUUUUUGAAGUUAUCCGCUGACAAGUUAGUAGUUUUCAAAUGAUCGCGGGCUCAAGUUUGCUUGUUUUUUAUUUCAUAUGAAAUAUGUUUUGUUUUUGUGCCGUACAAUUAAAAUAUUGAUUUAACUGACCUCGGACGCGAACAUCCAGCCAGCUAUUACAGGCGGGGAAGGCAGUUGCUUUUGACUUUGCUGACCAUGGUCACGCGUUGGUCACGCUCUACGUCCAAUUUUUACGCUCUGAUUGGUCAAAAUUUGACAGGUGAACUCAUGCGGAAAAUUUAUGCAGCAUCUUGAAUCUUGUUUACUUUGACAGCUGAAGCUGACAGAGUUUUGUGUCAACUUGUGAUGUUUUUAACUGUCUUUUUCCACUGGAUGCACAAAAUGAAAUUCAGCUGCUAUCAGGAAUCUUCUGUUAUUCAUGGCUAGUUGGUUUUUGGUUGAGGAAAUAAUACAUUACUUGUCAAAGUCGGAAAUCCGAUUUCGGAUGGCAUCGAUUUCGCUUUUCACCUUGCUUGAUGUGUAAGGGUUGAAAAGUAUGAAGCGAUACUGGCCUUCCUUGAUACCUUUCAGGAGCUGCAUGUCGAAUGGUAAGCCUCAGUAAUUAUUGUGUUUUAUGUUAGUUUUUUAAAACUAAUUUAAUGAAGUCGAGCGCAGUUUAUGCCGCUAUGUAGUUUGUGCACGUUUGUAAGAUUUGAGACAAUUUGAUAUGACCAAGAAUCAGGUUUGAUAUAAGCUUACAGAACUUUAAAAAGCCUUUAGACAUUUUCUCACCGCAAAUAGAAAGAAAACGUUCCAAAAAACAUUUAGUUAUAAUUCUGGCUGUAAAAGAAGGCUUUGAGCGAUUUUCUUGCCUCGAGUUCAUCUUUGACAAAAGUAAAUAUCGGGAAGCCGGCUUAAAACAUAAACUUAAGCUUUCAAGUUAAGCUUGAAGACUCAGGAUUUUUAGAGACACUUUAAUACUUGUCUUCGUCAAUGAAAAAUGUUGUCUCUAUACAUGUUUCACCGAAUUAUAUUUCUUUUAUUGAUUGUUGGUAGUCUCUCUUGUAAUUUUAAUCGCCGUGCCGUUUGUUUUCAGUUGUUCAGUGAACAUCGCUUGCAGGAGUACUCACAGUGCCGCGGGUAUCAAACCGGCGCUUUUAAAGAUUACACAUCGAUAAAACCAUUGAAUAAAACUGAAUAAACAUAAUAAUUUCUUUAUUAUGUUGUAGCUUAACUCUAGUAUGUUCGUUCAAACACUCGCUACAGUUCGCACUGCAAAGGUGAGAACCGGCUGGCCGUAUAUGAUUUUGGAAUUUUUUUUAACGGUUUAAAAAGCCCACGCGUGCUUCGAUCGUCCUGAAUAUUGAAUGAGUGCAAUUUGCGUUGCAAAAUUGUGAAAUACUGCAUUCUGUCCGAGGUCUGUAUGAUAAAAACAGUACCUCAUAGUACUGUUUCACCUCAGAUGUGAUGUAUAAAUGGUAUAAAAGGUUGGUUUACACGCACCCGGAUUUGUUGGCAAGAUUUUGUAAAGUAAACUUGUCGAACGCAAAAAAAUUCGGCCUGAUUUUUUUUCCAGGUCUAAUUAAUCUUACGGUGAUCAAGAGCCAUUAUGGCUCCUAAAUGUGAUCGAAUAUGAUUGCUAUUUUUUGGGUGUACAUAUGAGACUAUCAACUUGAGGUAAGAUUUUGUUCACUCUUAGGCUGUUUGCAAAUUAUUUUUCUCUAAAAUCACUCAGCCUUUCCCUCAAAAGUCACAUGAAUGUGCUACAAGUUUAUUGUUUGAUUUAAAUUAUAAAUAUAUUAAUGGGAGCCUCGCUUUUAGCCCUGGCUAAAUCUAUAUAUUAUUAUUAAUACGGAGACGUUAGCAGGCUACAAAACAGAUCAUUCUAUGAUCACCUUACAAAUUUCUUUACACUCCAACACUAGAGGUUGAGGUUUUUGGAAACUAAAUACCUCCUUCUUAUCUGAAACAGAACAUGUCAACCAGAUUAAGUCAACCAUAGCACAAACUAUCGAUGAAUAUUUUCAAGAUAACACUGUUGACCUUGGCCUUUUAUGGUAGUUGGUUAAAAUGAAAGUGAGAGAAGUAUCGAUUAAAUAUGGAACAACUAAGAAGAGAAAUCUAAGAAAAGAGCAGGAGGAAUUUAACUGAGAUAUCAAUAACAACCUUAGAAGAACAGCUUACCCACUCUGAUGUCAAUGACAAACAAAAGAAACAAAUAUGGUGCGCUAUUGAAGGAAAAAACGCAAGCUAGAGACAAUAAUUGAAUACCAGACAAAGGGAGCGAUGUUACGAUCGAAGGCUCGGUGGUGCAAUGAAGGCGAUAAAAACACUAAAUAUUUCCUCAACCUUGAAAAGAGACACUAGAAACAAGCAACAAUAACACAGCUUAAAGUUAGUGAAGGUGACUUUAUUUCUUUAGACAAAGAGGUCUUACUUGAGUGUGAGCCAAGAAGAACAAUCCCUUUGCGAAGGACCUCUAAGCAAAAAGGAAUGUCUAGAAGCAUUAAAAAGCGGGGCCUCUAAAAAACCCCAGUAUCAGAUGGUCUCCCUUGCGAAUUCUACAAGGUUUUCUGGAAUGAUUUAGCCGAAAUACUACUAAAUGCGCUAAUUUUUUCUUUCGAGACAGGACAAUUUUCAAUAUCAAAAAGACGUGCAUUGUCAAGCUUAUUACAAAGAGAGAUGCCGAGCUCAUUCUCAUUAAGAAUUGGCGACCAUUAACGCUGUUAAAUUUUGAUUACAAGAUUGCAUCAAAAGCCAUUGCAAGUUGUAUUAAAACUUUUCUUCCAAAGCUCAUUUCAGAUGAUCAAACAGGCUUUGUUAAAGGCAGGUGUAUCAGUGAGAAUAUUCGUUUGUUGGACAGUGUCAUCAGAUAUACAGAAAGAAGAAACAUUCCGGGCCUUCUUCUUUUUACUGAUUUUGAGAAAGCUUUUGAUACACAACUUUAAAUCGUUAACGUCUCGUACUCAUUCCUAAAAAAAGAGAAGGUUACGGAUACUCUGAGCAGAGUCGUAGAAAAAGUAAACAUAGAGAUCAGACCUAUUUUAAGAUACUCAAUGUUGGAGAAGGCGAACCUCACAACUCCAACAGCUAUGGAUUCGUCAUUAUGGGCUAUAAAUGAAAGCUGACAGAACGUCGACCAGUGAUUCACGAAAUCUUUAGAUACUCUCAGCGAACGCUCUCUUUUCAAAUACGGUUUUCCGUAUUACUCUUAAGGUUAACUAAGUUUUGAAUUUUUUAAAAUAAUUUCAGGCUGUAACACCCCGCUUGGUAUGGAGAAUGGUUUAAUAUCUGAUGCUCAAAUAAAGGCCUCUUCAGAGUGGGAUAACAAUCAUGGUGCAGAAAGAGCUAGAUUAAAUUGGAGAAAGAUUAAUCUGAAAAGGGGAGCCUGGAGCUCUCGUUGCAAUACCUUGGGUCAGUGGCUUCAGGUUGAUCUUGAAAAAUAUACCACAGUGACAGGUCUAGCGACUCAAGGCCGGAGUGAUGAGGACCAGUGGGUUACCAAGUACAGGCUGCAGUACAGUAAUGAUGGAGUGAACUUCCAUUGGUACAAGGAGCAAACAGUUAAUUCAGUAAAGGUGCGAUGUAAACAAAUAAGUAAAUAAAUAAAUAAAUCUAUAAUAAAAUCCGAUUUUAGCGGUAGAACAACCACAAAGUGGAUCUUCAUCUAUUUACCUAUUCCGAAUGAAAUUGUACCUUAAAAAUGGUGGCUUUUCAGGGUGUGGGAAACUGGAUAACUCGGUUAAAAAAAAAAAAAAAAACGAACAAAACGAGAACAAAAUGAGAUAAAAACAAACAAACAACAACAAAAACAACAAAAACAAAAAGCAGAACAAAACAAAAGCAUCAAGCAAACUAGACCUAUUUAUUAGCGAAGCCUCAGGGAUUCGAGUCGAGGACUCGUUGGUGAGAAGCGAAUUCGACUCAGCACUUCUUGUAGCAGCUAUAUAGUUAUUAUCGUUCUCCUUUUUGCGACUAAAACUUUGCAUUAAAAACAAUCCCAGUCGCUGUCCGUAUUACACUUCAGAAGGGCCGGCAAAGAACACAGAGAACCCGAACGCUAUAUUCGCUUUAGCUGUGUAUGAAAUACGUCUCAAGUUUCCAGUAUUUUUAACUAUUAACUCUCCUAGGUUAGGAGGAAAAACCGUUGAUUGAAUUGAAACCCUAGAUCGUCUCCCAAAGAGAGUUAAGAGCGAAUGCACAGAAAAAUCGAGCAAAAUCGGCAAAUCGUGGCCACAGCUCAAAACCUAACUUACCCUCAUUUUCAGUCUGUAAUAAGGUUUUAAUGAGUUUUUAACACUGCUGAGGUUUAAAUUUCAAAAUGCGACCGAGUUUGGGAAUUAUUUGAGAUUUUCGAUUUCAACGGUCAGCGGGCCUAAAAUUAGCCGCCGAACUCGGGAAAAUAGCCCAGUGACAGAAUUGAGCUGUUUUUUAAAAACGAGCGAAUAUAUUGGCAAUCUUCCACUUAAAUCUCAAAAAGCAGAUAUCUAGCAAUUCCUGAACGGCACAUUUUUUAGAUUUAGAGAAUAGAAUAUCGACGAACCAGCAGAAUUUUGAAACGUAAUUUACAUAAUGCUUAUAAAUACAACAAUUUACCGCUAAAACCAAAAUCGAAUUUUCUAUAUGGGGGAAUUCUCCAAAUCACCCCAAAUCCCGCUUACUACCUAAUGAGAUAUGGUACUUCAACAUUAUCUGAAAGUUAGUCUGGUGUUCUUGCGAACGCUUGUAAAAUAGACUGAUUAUUUUGAGGUUAUUUCGCCCCAAACAACCGCUAAUUCACCCCAGGGUCAAUUGACACGUGCACGUCACCUUAGUUUUAUGCGUCGAUUUGAGCUCGUUAAAAGGGAGAAACUAACAAGAUUCUUUUAAUAUGUACCUGUUUUAAUGAAAUACACGCAAUCUUCAAAAGGAGAGGCCGUUCAAUAGGUAAUUUCUGUUCUUGAGAUCUUGUAGAUUGCAGCAUGGCGUCUGCGAGUGGACCUGAGUCUAGGUCUGUUUUCCCGUGGCUGCGAAAUCAGAAUAACAUCAAGAAAUAGUUCUCCCUCGAAUCUUCGUAAGUGAAUCAGCUUUGCAGUGCCUUACCUGCGAUAAAAAGUGGGCCGAAAAGCAAACAUUUCUAGCGCAAUUUGGAUCCUUUGUGGAACGCAGUGCAUUGCAGAGAGAAAGGUGAGUAAACGUGGGAAAGUACGUUACCUUUGAUUGCGUGACCAGCCAGUAAACGAUAGUCUCCAGCGAAAAAUAGGAUUCGCAAAAAUCUUGCUGAUGUAUAUUUAACAGUUUUUUACUAUAAAUUUACACCUGGUUUGUCUAAAACUUUAAACAAUGCAUAUCUGUCCAAGAGUAUAACAAUGUUUCGAAAGAUCCACCCCUAAAUAACUGUGGGCUACUCCUUUUUCCCCAUCACCGAUGUGCACUUCCUUCCCACUGUCUUUUGCAUGAGGCUUGUAUGCCUUUUUAAGUGUUAUCGACACUUAAAACUGGCCGUUUAAGGCAUGGUUUAAGAACUUGACUUAAAAAACCGUCGCGAACAUGCGCUAUUAUUGUUGGACUUUGGAAGCUUUAAGCCCAAAAUAAUGGUGAUCUCGAGAAAUUUGCCCGGGUCUAAUUAUAAGACAGGGAACGGGUACUAAGAAAGGGACGGUCUCAUUUAGCAACCCGUGGACAAUCUGGGCAUGCUUGCCUUCUGUCGCAGGGGCAACCGUUAAGGCCAGGUACGCCGCCCCCACCCGAGAGGAUUGCAUGGCAUCCACCAUUUCAGUCGCUUUUUCUACAUCAUAACCUUCAAUUAUCAUGAAUUAUAAUGAGGGCCUUGAUCGUUGCCACCUUACCAUUGACUUUUCCUUGCUCAGCUUCCGGUAAACCGAUACUCCGAAGCAAAAAUAGCUUUACAACGACUCUAUCCAGGCCAAAACUCCUGAUAUCAACAAAUAUACCCCCCUAAAGAGAGCAAACGUUCCCCGAACAAUUCACCUGACCCACCCCAUCCCUUCGUUAAGAAACACUACGCACUCAGUUCACUGGACAAAACGCGCUCGUGAAUAUACCAAACUAUAGCCGUUCACCCUACAAGCAAUCUUAUUUUCAGCAGGCGUGGCCACGUUUCCAGUUGCUGUAAGAUUAAUUCGACACCUGCAACAGACACUGUAAAUUAAAUAGCAGCCACAACGCCCUUUUUUGAAACAGUCAGGACGAGAAAGUUUAUAAAAGACUUAACAGGUGUGCGCGGCGGUUUCCUAUUCUUCCUUCCCUCCCAUUGUAGCACUCAAAUUCUGACCCUGUUAUUAAUUCUACUAGUAAUCAAUCGUUCUUGAACCUAUAGGCACAAGGAUACUAGUUUCUUGCAAAAUAUGCCUUCGGCCGCUGAUUAGGUUUUGUUCUGUGCUUUAAAAUAACUUUAGGAACGAAACAUGAUACGUGAGGGGAGUGUCCGGCUAAGGGCAAGUGACUGUCGGUGGUGAAGACAUAUACUGAGCUUGUCAGUAUUUCGUAGCCUGUACCACGUCGCGAAAAUAGAACAAGCCAAAGAAAAAUAAGACGCCUUUCUUUCCCCAGCCCCCGCAGGUUUUUCGCAUUACUUUUUACUGCACAACUGAUUCUACCUUUUCGAGCCGGAGCGAACAUGGACGCCCUUGGGGUUAAGUUUCCACUUCAUUUUCGGCACCUGACUAAACGCAAGCGCUGACUUGUGCGCCUAUACUUCGUUUGCACUGAAGUAGGAGUAUAUGACCACGACAGACUUGCUGCUAUCCUUGGUUUGAAACCGCAAUGGGCAAGAACAAUUUCUUGAAAACGGCAAACUAUUUACUUUUCCUCCUUAGUAGACAUGGAGAACAUUUACUAGGACUUAAGCAAUUCCAUUGGUUAAGUCCUACUAGACUUGAGAACAGAAAGCAUGAUGCUUUCCCUUUUUAACGAUUUACGGCUAAACAGUACAAUUUCAUGUAGCUUUUACGCAAAAUUAAAUACUUAGUUGUUUGCAGAAUUGCAUUUAACAACAAAUUACAGAAAUUUAACUAAGUUUAGAUCUCAUAGAUAAGAAUUGAACGGAAAAAACUUUUGGUGUAAGAAAGUCAAAAAAUAAUGUUUGCUGGAAAAUCACUUAAUGGACGUACAAUAGCAGAGAUAUCAUGCCUGUAAUUUUCUGUUCAAUGCACCUUAUGACAAGUCUGACUAAUUCACUGGUAACCCAUGCCUUAAAACCGCCUUGAAUCUUAAAAUUUAAUCAAUUUGCCUUUCAUGCGUAGUGGUUGGGGGUAAAAUCAGAAGAACAGAACAUUCAGUUAGUAUGUUUGCUAAUCAUCUUAGUUAACCGCCUUUAAAAUAGGACAAAAGAACACCUGGUCAUACAGGAAAAUGAAUUUACUGUAUCCCGAAAGCUUUGGUUUCCCGUGCACUUAUUUUUCGCAGGAGACAAUAGAUAAUUGCCUGGUCACGCAAUCGGAGGUUAGUAGCUAAUUUUAAAAAAGUCAUUGAUACCAUCGCCGCUUAGCAAAUACACUACGUGCUGCAAAGGAUCCAAAUUGCGCUUAUAGAAUGUUUUCCUACUGGCCCACUUUUUAUCUCAGGUAAGGCAAUGCAAAGCUGAUUCAUUUACGAAGGUUCGAGCGAGAAUUAUUUCAUGAUGUUAUUCUGAUUUCGCAGCCACGGGAAAACAGACCUAGACUCAGGUCCAGUCGCAGACGCCAUGGUACAAUCUACAAGAUCUCAAGAACAGAAAUUACCCAUUUAACGGCCUCUCCUUUUGAAGAUUGCGUGUAUUUCAUUAAAACAGGUACAUAUUAAAAGAACCUUGUUAGUUUCUCCCUUUUAACGAGCUCAAAUCGACACAUAAAACUAAGAUGACGUGCACGUGUCAGUUGACCCUGGGGUCAAUUAGCGGUUGUUUGGGGCGAAAUAACCUCAAAAUAAUCAGUCUAUUUUACAAGCGUUCGCAAGAACAUCAGACUAACUUUCAGAUAAUGUUGAAGUACCAUAUCUCAUUAGGUAGUAAGCGGGAUUUGGGGUGAUUUGGAGAAUUCCCCCAUAUAGAAAAUUCGAUUUUGGUUUUAGCGGUAAAUUGUAUGUAUAAGCAUUAUGCAAAUUACGUUUCAAAAUUCUGCUCGUUCGUCGAUAUUUUAUUCUCUAAAUCUAAAAAAAUGUGCGGUUUAGAAAUUGUUAAUAUCUGUUUUUUGAGAUUUAAGUGGAAGAUUGCCAAUAUAUCCGCUCGUUUAUGAAAGUCAGCUCAUUUCUGUCGCUAGGCUAUAUUGCCGUGUUCGGCGGCUAAUUUUAGGCCCGCAGACCGUUGAAAUCGAAAAUCUCAAAUAAUUCCCAAAUUCGGCCGCAUUUUGAAAUUUAAACCUCAGCAGUGUUCUAAAUUCAUUAAAACCUCAUUACAGACUUAAAAUGAGGGUAAGUUAGGUUUUGAGCUGUGGCCACGGUUUGCUCGAUUUUUCUGUGCAUUAGCUCUUAAUAGUUAACUUGAGAUGUAUUAACUGCAUGUCGUGUCCUAUUUGCGACGAUCCAGACAAGCAAGUAUUUGAUACCGGCAAUGUUAACCGUCUCUAAUUGGAUCCAAAUCCCUUCCAAAACGGCUCAUAAAGACUCAGGAAACACAGGUAAAUAACGACCGACUAUUUCAUGUCCAUCCGAACACAGCGUUCGGGUUUCCUGUCCAAAGAAUAAAGUAUAUCAGUAUUCAUUAAAAAUAUUUCCCCAAUUCCGAUUGGCUAAAAGCACACGCGUAAUUAACCAUAACCAGUUACUGAUGACAAAAUUUGGAAGGAUUUUGUGUUUAACGAGGAAAUGACGUCACAAAUGCAGCCCGCUACAGGUUAAAGCAUCUUUACCGAGAAGACCUGAGGACUAGGUCGAGUUGUUUUGGUUGUUAAAAAAAAUGACGGACAUUUCACUCGUUUCAAGAGUAAGAACUACAGCUGGAACUAGGCGAAAUUAUAGCAACAAACAUUGCAAAAAACAGCAAGAAGACAACUCGGGGGGGGGGGGAGGGAGUGGGGCGACGUCUGCUACUUGGAGAAUAUUUGCGGGGCUGGACAAACCUAAACAUACUCUAUCGAAGAAGAACUUAACAUCGAUGCAGGUAAGCAUGUUUUAGCUAUGUUUUUCAACUAGGAUUUAUUUUGAAUGAAUAAUAAUAAUAUACACUUAAUGUCAGAUCCCGAGGGAAACAAUUAGUUUUGUUUUCCCGAGACUCCUGAUGUUUCCCUCGACUUCGUCUCGGGAAACAUCAGGACUCUCGGGAAAACAAAACUAACUGGUUUCCCAAGGGACCUGACAUUAAGUGUUUUGUUAUAUUUCCAGACUUUCACUUCAAGAGAAACACAAGAAUAACCGGAGCGAACCAAAACAGUUGACUCGGUACUUAUAACAACACAAAUUUAAUUCUCAAUCCCACUGAAUGAAUGAUUUACAAAGUACCUUGCGUAUAUUAUCUGAGUCAUUUUCCCCCACUAACUGCUGUUGUUCUCCAGGGAACUUCUUGGAUAACUUUAAAAAUCGUUGCUUUUUAGCUUGAGGAUUCCUGUUUGUGUUGUUGUGUUCAUUCACGAAAAAGAAAACUGGCAGGACCUGGCAGUGUUUUUCCCGCCUUUUGUCACGCCACUUUCCACCACGCCUUGAUCACGUGAUGUAAUGCAGCCCGAGCGGGGUACAUUGUAGCCUGCGAGCAAGCCUCGCGAGAACGCGCGAGCGAGGGGCCGACGAAAGGAGAGCUUGAAACGAUCUCUCAUAAACUUUCAUUUCCUGAAAAUUGUCACCGCAAACGUGCCGCAGAUUAGAAAAGUGACAACCGCCUGUCAAGUAAGUUUAGACAGCCGAGGGCGCGUAGAAUUAUUUAUUUAUAAAUCGCUUUCGCAACAGCAUCAAAGCAAUGUUUUCAAUGCUGAUAUGUUUUUUUUUUUUUCAUGGGGACAUUGAACUUCAACGUGUCCGCUCGGACAAGAACUCACUACUUUGAUUCUCGUUUCGUUUACUUUUGAAAAGUCGUCCACGCUGCAGUGUAGAAGACUACUCCCCAUCGCAAUCACCAACAAAAACAUCAUAUAUUUGUCUGUCUGGACCUGGAGAAUAGCGUUUUCCUACACUUGGUUUUCAUAAGUUUUACUCCAGUUGCUUCUAACUCUUUCUCCCUUCCUUCUUUACGGUGAAGCUACACAGCUACACUGUCAAGUACAUGUUUCUGAAUUUUUCUACGCAGUAGUAUUUAAUCGGGCGAAGAAACCGAUGUUGGAAGACAGCGCUUGAAUUACUCUUUACUUUCACUAUCCCGGUUCCCAGAACUAAACAAGGCGCUUGACACAAACGAAAACAACUGAUGAAGGGUUUUCAUUUCCUUCCACAAGAACUACAAACUCGGUCCGACUUAUCCUCGGCUCGCAAUAUUCUCUUUGCGAGAAUUCCAUCAAAUGAGCCCGUCUACUCUGAGGGCUGAAACAAGUCUGAUCCCCCUGAGAACAUCAUCAUGCCCUUGCAAUAGCUGCUAAAGCCAACAGGAUCUUGGGUCUACUUAAACGCACAUUUGGCAGGUGCUCUGAAGCAAUAAUAACUGGAUACAAAACAAUGGUUCGUCCUAACAUCGAAUACGCAUGUCCCGUUUGGAAUCCACAUCAAGCCUACCUGUCAGACAAACUUGAAAGAAUCCAAAGAAAUGUCUCACGCUGGAUUCUUGGUGGACCUAUUGAUUAUACCGAACGUCUGCAAUACCUUGGUUGGAUGGAACUUAAGUCCCGUAGGGAAUAUCUAUCGAUAAUUCAAUUAUUUAAGUUUAUUAAUGGUUUCUCGAGAGUUAAGCUUGACAAUUAUUUAUCUUUCUCUCGUGCUAGCACUAGAUCAAGAAAUAGUAGGAAGAUUUGGAAACCUUUUUCAAGAACUAAUAUUUUAAAAUUCUCUUUCUGGCGUAGAUAUAUAGAUACAUGGAACUAGUUACCAGAUUCUCUAAUAUGUGCCGAUUCAUUGUCAAAAUUUAAAAAGGGCUUAAGAGAACACUUUUUAACUAGUACGUAAUGAACAUAAAAUUGUUGCGAUUGCAUAUCUAAUUUGAUAAUUAAAUAACUUUAAUUACUCCAUUAUUAAUAGAUAUAUUUUAGUGAUAUCUUUUACAUUUCUUCAUACAUUAUAAUAGUCUUUAUCUGACUUAUAUUUCCUUAAUAGCUUUGUAGAUAUUUUUAGGGGGUCAUCUUACAUGAGGAUUCAGUUCCUCCCUGAUGGCAGCCUUUUUGUAUUGAUUAUUACAAAUAAAGUUGUUAUAAUAAAAUAAAUAAAGAAAAAACCAAAUUUGACACACAGACAAAGCGGGUGCUAGCUUGGCCUGUUAUCAAUCAGCUUUGAUUUGCGGAACGUCAUUUUUCAGCCGAUGGUAUUUCCCUUCGUCUGGGCGAAGGACAGAAGAAAUUUUAUGAGGGAUCGUUGCAAGUUCUCCUUUCCUCUGCCCCUCGCUUCACUCGCCCAAAUAGGAGAGCUUGCUCGCAGGCUAGGUACAUUGCUUAAUGUAUCACGAUCGGGAUACUGAUUUGAUUUUAGUCAAGGCCAUGUGACCAAGAAUCAACCAAUAUCAGUCCCAGUUUAGUUGAGUGAAAGUCUAGGAAUAUAACAAUUAGCAAUUAAUGAAUGAGGCUGAUUACUCAAAGAAUUUGUGCAGUUAUUCUUUACUUUUACGAUGUUUGGAUAGUUUUUUGACGGAAAUUAUGACAGAAACACUAUUGUUUACCAAAACCUGAGCUGGCCAAUCAGAACGCGCUACGUACGGAUACUGCCAGAGGCUUGGGUCAGACACAUGUCAAUGAGAAUGGAACUCUACGGCUGUCCAGGUAUUUUGAAAUAAAGAGUAAUCCCUUCUUUUAAGGACUUAUCGACUCACAGUUGGCAAAUAAGAUAAGUCAACAUUCAGGAUCCUUUUUGGAGACAUACAUGCCUCACUCCAACUACAACUUAUUGGUAUGCAAAUUUUAUGUAAGGAAUAAGCUGAAUACCAAUACUUUUAACUACAAUGUAUUUUUUCGUUCAGAAAAUAAAAACUUAUUAAAUAGGUUAAAAUAGUCUAAAUUUGCCCCCCUAGUUAGCAUUUAUGUAAAAACCUGUUUAUGCUAACUUGGCAAAAUGCAGGUUCCUACUCACGGGUUUUUACUGUAAUCCAUCAACUUUAGGACUUGUCGACUUACGGUCCUUACACUUCAGUGUAUAAUGGAAACCCAAGUCGUAAAGCGGCCAAGAGAAGAAUUUAAAUCAUUUUUAAAGAUAAAUUAAACAAAAAUCACAUCGAUAACAAAACACGUUACUUUCUUUCAAGUCUUUCGUCUCAGUAAGGCGUUCAUGCUAUUAAUGAUCUUUGUUACUGGUAGCUUGUGAAGAUCCUCUUGGAAUGGAAAGUGAGGCAAUUUCCGAUUCUCAAAUAAGCGCAUCGUCACAGUUCGAUGACGACCACUCUGCAGCACGUGGCCGAUUGCACUUCAAAACAGAAAAAAACAAAGAUGGAGCAUGGUCAGCUCUUAGAGGUGAUGAGCACCAAUGGCUUCAGGUAGAUUUCCGUAGUUAUACUACAGUGACACGUGUUGCGACUCAGGGAAGAUACUACCACAAUGAGUGGGUACUUAAGUACAAAAUACACUACAGUGACGAUGGAUUGACCUUCCAAGAGUACAAAAAGCCAGGAAACAAACUCACCAAG